CCCGCUAAGCAUCGUAAAUUUCUCAAUCAGAUAAGGUAGAAUUUUGUUAACAUUUCCAGAGCGUUCUAUGUAGACAUCAUAUCCCUAAACAGUUAACGCAAGGGUUGAGGCGAUGUUGCGUCCAGCAGAGGUAGUUUUUUCUUUUCUGGCUUUUUUGAGUUUUGGACUUCAUAUUACCGGAAUAUCCACGACGGAAUGGUGGAAAUUAACGGACGAGUUUCCCAAUGGAACUAUUGAAAGCACGUCUUUCGGACUUUGGUGGACCCGCACGUGUAGAGAUGAUGUCUGCUCUGUGUCGUCUAGGAAUCUUUCUGGAGAACUUGCUUGGCUACUCGGGGUAGCCGCAAUAGAGGCGGUGUCAGCGGCACUGUAUGCACUUUCACUUCCGGUUGCCAUAUUACUGAUAUACAGAGGAAUACGAGAUCUAAAUGUUGACGUCAUCAAGAAACUGUACGUUGUCGUCUUAAGUGGGGCAGGUGCUGUGAUCAUUGUUGGUAUUGUAUUAUUUGUGAAAAAGAAGGCAGGACUUACUGAACGAUUUGCAAUGGCAACUAAAGACGGGGUGCCGGGUUGGUCAUUAGCGCUGUCUUCGACAGGUGGCGCUCUUGGAAUUUUGGCGGGAGUUGCCAUGGGAUUCAGCCUUUUAUGCAGAACGAAAGAAUACGAAGAUGACGAUCAUCACACAGAAAAACCACACGAAUACUGGCAUCAGAAACAUAAGGAAGUCAACUGACCAAGGACUUCGAUAAAUAAAAUCGCUCUUGUACUAUAAACUAUUUAUAUUGAUUAAAAAUUUAUUCACCACU